GUAAGGUUGGUUUUUCACUUCAACCUUCUAUUCCUCUGUUGUUUCUUACUCUUUUCUUGUCCUUUCUUUCCAUGGCUCCACCGAAUUCCACAAACCUUGAUCUCAUCAAAACUGAGUCUUUAUUUGAUUUAUCUGAGGGAAAGUUUAAGGUUAGAGAUGUUUCUUUGUUCCAUGAUGUUCCUGAGAAUGUUUCUUUCGGUUCUUUCUCUGAAAUAUGCAAACCCUCUGAAUCAAAUGCUCCACCUUCAAUCCUUCAAAAAGUUCUUGAUUUUUCUCACAAAGGUGGUUUCUUUGGAUUCUCUCAUGAAACCCCGUCUGAUAGAUUGAUGAAUUCAUUAGGUAGUUUCAAUGGAAAAGACUUUGUGAGUAUUUUCAGGUUCAAAACGUGGUGGUCCACUCAAUGGGUAGGAAAAUCUGGUUCUGAUUUACAAAUGGAAACUCAAUGGAUUCUCAUUGAUAUUCCUGAAAUCAAAUCCUAUGUUGUUGUCAUUCCUAUAAUUGAAAAAGGUUUUAGGUCAGCACUUUUUCCUGGUUCUAAUGACCAUGUUAUGAUUUGUGCUGAAAGUGGUUCAACCAAGGUGGUAGAAUCUAGUUUCAAUGCUAUUGCUUAUGUUCAUUUUUCUGAAAAUCCUUAUGAUUUGAUGAAAGAAGCUUAUAGUGUUAUAAGGGUUCAUCUCAACACUUUUAGGCUAUUGGAAGAGAAAACACUACCAAAUUUAGUUGAUAAAUUUGGUUGGUGCACUUGGGAUGCUUUCUAUUUAACUGUUAAUCCUAUUGGUGUUUUUCAUGGUCUUGAGGGUUUUUCUAAAGGCGGAGUUGAACCGAGGUUUGUUAUCAUUGAUGAUGGAUGGCAAAGCAUUAGUUUAGAUGGUGCUGAUCCAAAUGAAGAUGCAAAGAAUCUUGUUCUUGGGGGUGAACAAAUGACUGGAAGGCUUCAUAGGUUUGGUGAAGGAGACAAGUUCCAAAAAUAUGAAAGUGGAUUGUUACUAGGUCCUAAUUCACCUCCUUUUAAUCCAAAAACGAUUAAGGAGUUGAUUUUAAAGGGAAUUGAACAUGAGCAUUUGAGGAAACAAAGACAGGAGGCAAUUUCAUCUGAAAGUUCUGAUUUGGCUGAAAUUGAGUCAAAGAUCGAGAAAUUAAUAAAAGAAAUUGAUGAUCUCUUUGGUGGAGAACAAAGUAGUAUUGUUCAAAAAAGUGAGUGUGGAAGAUUUUGUUGUAAAGAAAAAAAGGAGUAUGGUUUGAAGGCUUUCACAAGGGAUUUGAGGACUAAGUUCAAAGGUUUAGAUGAUGUUUAUGUUUGGCAUGCACUUUGUGGUUAUUGGGGUGGUGUGAGACCAGGAACAACACACCUUAAUAGUAAAAUAGUCCCCUGCAAACUUUCACCUGGUCUUGAUGGAACAAUGGAAGAUCUUGCCGUGGUUAAAGUUUUGGAAGGUUCAAUUGGGCUAGUUGAUCCUAAUCAAGCCAGUGACUUGUAUGACUCCAUGCACUCUUAUCUUGCUGAAUCUGGUGUCACCGGAGUCAAAAUUGACGUCAUUCAUUGUCUUGAAUAUGUGUGUGAUAAAUAUGGAGGCAGAGUUGACCUUGCAAAAGCUUACUAUGAAGGGCUGACAAAAUCCAUUGCUAAGAAUUUUAAUGGAAAUGGAAUCAUUGCUAGCAUGCAACAGUGUAACGACUUCUUCUUCCUUGGAACACAUCAAGUUUCGUUGGGAAGAGUUGGGGACGACUUUUGGUUCCAAGAUCCUAAUGGUGAUCCAAUGGGAGCUUUCUGGUUACAAGGUGUACACAUGAUUCAUUGUUCCUACAAUAGCUUAUGGAUGGGACAAAUGAUUCGACCUGAUUGGGACAUGUUCCAAUCUAACCAUGUUUGUGCUAAAUUUCAUGCUGGUUCAAGAGCUAUUUGUGGUGGUCCAAUUUAUUUGAGUGAUAGUGUUGGCUCUCAUGACUUUGAUUUGAUUAAGAAACUUGUGUUACCUGAUGGUACAAUCCCCAAAUGCAUACAUUUUCCUCUUCCUACUAGAGAUUGUCUUUUCAAAAAUUCUCUAUUUGACAAAACAACUGUUCUCAAAAUUUGGAAUUUCAACAAGUAUGGGGGAGUGAUUGGUGCAUUCAACUGUCAAGGGGCCGGGUGGGACCCAAAAGAGCACAAGUUUAGGGGAUUCCCUGAAUGCUACAAGCCUAUAACUGGCACUGUGCAUGUAACUGAAGUUGAAUGGAAUCAGAAGAAAGAAGCAUCUCAUUUGGGUAAGGCAGAAGAAUAUGCAGUCUACUUCAAUCAAGCUCAAGAACUUUCUUUGAUGACUCCAAAAUCUGAACCAAUUCACUUUAUCAUUCAACCAUCCACAUUUGAGCUAUACAAUUUUGUUCCAGUCACAAAGUUUGGUGGCAACAUCAAAUUUGCACCCAUUGGAUUGACAAACAUGUUCAACAGUGGUGGAACAAUUCUUGAUUUGGAAUAUGUUGAAAGUGGUGCUAAGAUUAAGGUUAAAGGUGGUGGGAAUUUCCUUGCUUAUUCAAGUGAAUCACCAAAGAAGUUUCAACUGAAUGGUUCUAAUGUGGAUUUUGAGUGGCUAGGUGAUGGAAAAUUAUCUCUCAAUGUUCCUUGGAUUGAAGAGGCUUGUGGUGUUUCUGAUUUGGCAAUUUUCUUCUAGACUACUAGAAUAUUAGUAUUAAAAUAACGAUGUGCUUCUAUUUCUUAAUAUAAAAGAAAUUGAAGUUUACUUAUGAAUAAUACAAUGUGCGACGAAUUGAUCGUAACAUUUCUCUUAACCUAAUAUUGGUUAGUUUGGAACUUUCGAUAUUAUCUUGCUAUGUUUUCUA